AUGGCUUCUACACAAGAGGGAAGAAGGACGAAUUGCUUCAAAUAUUUUCAGUUUAACAAAGACACGGACACAGCCCAAGAUACUCGAACCAUCCUUCUCACAAUUUUCACUUUGAUUGCUGCAGCGACAUUUCAAGCUGGAGUCAAUCCUCCUGGUGGUUUUUGGCAAGAAGAUGGACCCAAUAACACUGAUCAACACAAAGCAGGUUCAGAAAUGUGUUUCUCAAAAAGCCCUUCUCGCAGUUCUCACUUUGAUUACCGGUGUAGAAAAUUUCAAGCUGGAGGUCCGCCAGAGGAUUACAAAGCAGGCUCAGCAAUAUAUUCGUCUCGGAACAUCCCAUAUUACGUGUUUCUGCUGUCCAACACUUUCGCUUUCUCUAAUUCAAUCUUAGUCAUUUUGUCACCGACCCACAUGUUUCCUUUCAAGUUUGAGAUCCGUGCUGCUACUCUCUCCAUAGCUGUCACUGAUGGUUCCGCCAUUUUUGCUACCUCGCCUCCUCAUUGUGUCAAGUUUCGCUUUGUCCUGUUCGCUGCUUUCUUGCCUUCUGUAAUUCGAUUUCUGAUCUCUUUUUACAACUUGUGGUGCUCGUUGGAUAACUCGAUGUCUAUUAGAGUAUCAUCCACGUCAGAUCCUGUUGAAUUCAGAGCACCGCCGAUUUCCAGAUCAUCGCCUGCCAACCGUCGUUCCCAUCUUCCUGAAAUAUUAUAG